AUGCAAUUACAAUUUGUUUUUAUUUUAUUUAAUUAUAUUUUUUAUUUUGUAUUUCAUGUUACUUCCUAUCAAAUAAGUAAAUCUCAAUUAACUGAUUUAAUGGUACCACUCGAUAAAACUACAUCAAUAUACGAAAGUUUCAAAUAUGAAGAAAGAAAAAUAUUGUGGGCAAAAAUUAAAAAUCAAUUAAAAAGAAAACAAAAUAUUAGAACAAUUGAGGAUAAGCCAAAAAUAAUAAGAUGGUUAUGGGAAAAAAUAUUUCCUUCUCCGGUUACAUCAUACGACAAAAUGCCAUUACCAUCAUAUGUAAAAUUGUUAGCAUUAGAAAAUAUUUUAAAUAAAAACAAUAAUUUUUUCAAGAUAGAAGAAAUUGAAAAUAUUCUUAAUAUGAAUAUAUAA